GUAAAAAUGUCUAUGAUAAUUUUACUAAAAAUAAUUGCACUACCUUCAAAGCCUUCAACAAUCUUUUGUGUAACAUUUUUUGGGUACUUAGUUCAACCGCAAAUAAAAAAUCAAAAUAAAAGAAUGUACAUUUGAAUGUUGGUCAAAUCACAGGUGUAAUUCAAGAUAGCCCCAUAAUACUGCAGAAAUAUUUAGAAGUCACCCUUCUUAUCAAUGGAGUUUCAAGGCUACAUAACAAAAUUUGGUUUUGGGAAAUCUACAGACAAUCUAAGGACCGUUUGCAAAAAAUGUGGAUAUGCUGGUCAUUUGACCUAUCAAUGUAGAAACUUUUUAAAGGCCGACCCAAGCAAAGAAGUUGUUCUGGAUGUAAGCAGCACAAGCUCUGACUCUGAUGAUGAGCCUUUCAUUUCUCCACUCACUAAACUAAAUAAAGAUGAAACCAAAGGCAAUUCAGAGGAGCAAAGCAGCCUAAAACAUGCACAUAAAAAGUCAAGAAGUUCCAGGUCAAAAAAGAAAAAGAAAAAAAGUAAAUCUGGCAAAGAAAAAAAGAAAAAGAGAUCGCCCAGUAGUGAUAGCUGCUCGUCACAUGAUAAAAAAAAACUAAGAUCUUCCAGUAGUGAGGACACUGAUGAUUCUGCUUCUGAAUCUGAUGGCAAAAUCAGAAAAAGCAGGAAAAAAAGUAAAAAGCGGGCACAUGACCACUCACCACAUCAUGAAAAGAAAUCAAGAUCUUCAAGCAGUGAUGAGACUGAUGAAUCAGAUUCUCAAUCUGAUGAGAAAGACAGGAAAAAAAGUAAAAAGCGUAUGCAUGGUUCAUCGAAUCGCUCAGAUCAUGAAGAAGAAUCAGACCAUGAUAGAAAGAGGUUGCGCUACAAUACUCACAGCGAUGAUGAAAAAGAUUCCAAAACACACAGCAGGGAUUAUAAGAAAAAAAGAAGCAAGAAAAGUAAAAAACAUAAAGAAAGAAGACAUAAAAAAUAGAAUUUAGGCUGGUACAUAUCUAAUGCUAUUUUUCUUGUAAGAUGAAAUAAAAAGUUACUUAAUAUUUCAGGAAAGAUUAUUUUUUUAAAUAAACAAAAAUGCUUUUAAUUAAAAUGAACAAUUUAUGAGCUAUAUAUUUAAUUUUAUCAAGUAUUAAUAUUGUUUAAUAACAUUAAAACUAAGUACACUUAAAAACAAUAAUUUAAAGCUAAUGAAAACUUUAUCUAGAAAAUAUUGUAAUUGCUGAUGAUUUCAGACCAUCUUACUGUCUUCCUCAUAUUUUAUGGAUUGGUUUUGCUGUUCUUAAUUAAACCAGUUUAACAUAUGACGCAUUAUCUAUUAAUUCAGCUGCAAGUAAAAAAAAUUAAAUAUUAAAGGAUUUCAGACAAUGCCUUUAUAAAAAGCAACAUUCCUGACUUUACUUUAGUCUGCUUUAUUUCAGGUCUCCUGCUUUUAUUGACAUGUAUUUUUCUUGAAGUUUUGGAAUAUUUUAAUAUGUGUACACUGUAAAUUAAUCACCAAACUAAUUAGAAUAAUGAUUAUGUUUGGCAGGAUUUAGGUCAUAUUUUUAAAAAAAGUUUUUUAAUAAACUUUUUUCCUUCAA